AUGUCGACCGCCGCAGACCUCAACGCCCGCAUCAGUGAGCAGGGCUCGCUCGUGCGCAAGCUCAAGGAGGACAAGGCUGCAGCAGAGGAAGUACAGAAGGAGGUCCUAACGCUCAAGGAGCUCAAGGCGGCGCUCGCCAAGCUCACGGGCGCAGACGACUCGAAGGGCAAGAAGGGGAGCAAGUUCACGCUCAAGACGCCCAAGGGCACCAAAGACUGGCACCCCUCCGACAUGUACCUUCGCCAGGCCAUCUUCCGCAAGAUCACCGAAGUCUUCGAGCUUCACGGCGGUGUGACGAUCGACACUCCCGUCUUCGAGCUCAAGGAGAUCCUCUCCGGCAAGUACGGCGAGGACAGCAAGCUCAUCUACGACCUUCAGGACCAGGGCGGAGAAUUGUGCUCGCUUCGGUACGACUUGACGGUCCCCUUUGCCCGCUUCCUCGCUAUGAACGGCACCCAGUACCCGAACAUCAAGCGCUACCACAUUGCCAAGGUCUACCGCCGCGACCAGCCCGCCAUGAGCAAGGGUCGUAUGCGCGAGUUCUACCAAUGUGACUUCGACAUUGCCGGCGUCUACGACCCGAUGCUCCCGGACGCAGAGUGCCUCGCGAUCACCUGCGAGGUUCUCGAGGCACUCGAGAUCGGAGAGUUUACAAUCAAGCUCAACCACCGCAAAAUCCUCGACGGCAUCUUCGCUGUUUGCGGCGUUCCCGCCGACAAGAUUCGCACCAUCUCAUCAGCAGUCGACAAGCUUGACAAGAUGCCUUGGGAGGACGUUCGGAAGGAGAUGACGGAGGAGAAGGGACUGGCAGGCGACGUCGCGGACCGCAUCGGCGAGUAUGUCAAGCUGAAGGGUGGACCCGAACUCGUCGAGCAGCUCAAGCAGGACGAGCGGUUGACGAAGAACAAGUCGGCUGUCGAGGGACUGAACGACAUGGCACUGCUGUUCAAGUACCUCGACAUCUACGGCGCGACCCCUCGAGUUUCGUUCGACCUCUCGCUUGCUCGCGGCCUUGACUACUACACCGGCGUCAUCUACGAAGCCGUCACCGAAGGCUCCGCCCCUCCCGUCCCCGUUGCGCCCAAACCCGAAGCCGUCCCGACCCCGGCCCAGCAAAAAGCGGACGUCAAGGGCAAGAAGCCCGCACUCAACGCUGACGAGGAGGCCGACAUCGACGAGUCGACGAUCGGCGUCGGGUCGAUCGCCGCGGGAGGACGGUACGACGAGCUCGUUGGCAUGUUUGCGAGCGGCGGCGCGGCAGGCAAGAUCCCCUGCGUCGGCAUCUCGUUCGGUGUCGAGCGGUUGUUCUCCAUUCUGUUGCGGAAGGCGCAGGAGAAGGGUGAGGCGGCGGGACGGGCGAAGGCGACCGAGGUCUUUGUCAUGAGUCUCGGAGACGGCUUGCUGGAGGAGCGCAUGAAGGUGUGCAAGGAGUUGUGGGCUGCGGGUAUCAAGGCCGAGUUCAUGUACAAAGCCAAGCCUAAGCUGCCGAAGCAGUUCGAGGUCAUCGACAAGGAGAAGAUCCCGUACGCCGUCCAGGUCUCGCCGUCCGAACUCGCCAAGGGCACGAUCCGUGUCAAGCCGCAGGUCGGCAAGGAGCUUGGGUCGGGCAACGACAUCGAGCUCAAGCGCGAGGAGCUCGUCCCGUGGCUUCUCGAGAAGCUCGGGAAGAAGUAG